AGCUAGCUCUGCACACUGUUCUUGGGCAUGCCAAUGCAGGUGGGGUGCCUAUAGCUAGAAGCUCCACUUUGAUCAUUGUUGGGGGAAUAUUAGGUCCAGAGCGCUAUGGGAGACUGGGAGUUUCUUGAAAAACUAUUGGAUCAGGUGCAAGAGCAUUCCACAUCUAUCGGGAAGAUCUGGCUUAUGGUGCUUUUCAUCUUCCGAAUCUUGAUCUUGGGUCUGGCUGGGGAGUCUGUUUGGGGAGAUGAACAGUCUGAUUUUAUCUGUAAUACAGAGCAGCCCGGAUGCACCAAUGUUUGCUAUGACAAAGCCUUCCCCAUAUCUCAUGUUCGCUACUGGGUACUUCAGUUUCUAUUUGUCAGUACACCCACAUUGUUCUACUUGGGACAUGUAAUCUAUCUUUCAAGGAGGGAGGAAAAGUUGAAACAAAAGGAAAGUGAACUGAGGGCUUUGGAUGACAAAGAGCAAGUUGAACAGGCUAUAGCUAUUAUAGAAAAGAAAAAAAUGAAACUGUAUAUCCAAGAAGAUGGGACAGUCAAGAUCAAAGGAGCCCUAAUGUGCACCUAUCUUACUAGUGUUAUCUUCAAAAGCCUAUUUGAAGCUGGAUUUCUUCUUGGCCAAUGGUACCUUUAUGGGUUUGUGAUGACUCCAAUUUAUGUCUGUGAAAGAGUACCGUGUCCCCACAAAGUAGACUGCUUUGUAUCUCGACCCAUGGAAAAAACUAUUUUCAUUGUUUUCAUGUUAGUGGUGUCUCUCAUAUCUUUAUUUCUAAAUGUACUGGAACUUAUUCAUCUAGUCUGUAAGAGCAUGAUCGAUACCUUGAAGAAAUAUUCACCGUAUGUCCCUCCAAACCGAUACCCCAAGAAUGAGGACACAUAUCCAGAAAAGACAUCAGAAACAGCCACAGCACCAUUCCAAGACAAAUCAUAUAUUUACCUUCCCAUGAAUGAUAAUAUCUCAUACCCACAGUACAAGAUGCCAAAUGAGCAGAAUUGGGCAAACUUUAAUACAGAGCACCAGCUAGCUAUAAGUGGUAAUAACCAGUCACCACUAGGCCAUUACAGCCUCAGUGCCUUCGUGCCUGUGCCUCCAAAAACUCAUUCAACAAUGGAAAAGCCUAGCACCAGAGCCAGUAGUUCUGCUUCCAAGAAGCAAUAUGUUUGAGGCAGCUGUUUGCACUAUUUAUUUUUUCAGUCUCAGUGUUUCUCAGUUUUCUACAAGACCUUUUUUUCAUUCCAGGUUUCAUAAAAGUUAAAGGUAUUUCUAUUCAGUGAUAAAUAAAUGGGACAGCUAUAUUUUAUUGUUAUUUUUUGUUACUACUUUCCUGAGCAAAGUUACUCUUUGUUAGACCUAGGCCAGCAUUCACCAAUUUUCUUGAUAGUAUGUGUCUUUAAUGUAUAAUGGAUAAGGUUUGGUGUUCAACACAAAUAAACAGAAAACACACAUUAUUCCCUGUUCACAAUAAUUUACAUUACUAUGUUUACGAAACAUUAAAAAAUGAAAUUAAGAAAAUAAUUACUUUGAAGUUAGAUAUAUUUUUCAUUCCAUUUAACAGAACUGUAAGGCCUAACCAGUUAUAAAAAAAA